CCCUGCGGCUCGAGCCCGGACAUUCCCCGGAGUCGUCUGUGGUCGCGCGGGGCGGUGGGGCUGGACGGGGCCGGGGAGGGAGCGAGGCCUUCGACCGCUGUCCGAGUAAUUGACCCAGAACUCAUUUUCAGGAAAACAGCUUCCUUCAAAAUGGUAAAAUAAUGAGAUGAGGAAUUUGAACAUUUUGCCUUUGGAUGGGAAUCCUCUGAGGAUGAAGAGAGCAGUUAACCUAAGACAUGUGGUAAUAUCGGGAAUCUGAAGACAGUGGACAUGUUUGCAUUUCUGUUGACAUGUAUGUUUCUACCCCUCAUAAGGGGGCACAGUCUCUUCACCUGUGAACCAAUUACUGUUCCCAGAUGUAUGAAAAUGGCCUACAACAUGACAUUUUUCCCUAAUCUGAUGGGUCAUUAUGACCAAGGUAUUGCUGCUGUGGAAAUGGAGCAUUUUCUUCCUCUUGCAAAUCUGGAAUGUUCACCAAAUGUUGAAACUUUCCUUUGCAAAGCUUUUAUACCAACCUGUACAGAGCAAAUUCAUGUGAUUCCACCUUGUCGUAAGUUUUGUGAGAAAGUAUAUUCAGAUUGCAGAAAAUUGAUUGACACUUUUGGGAUCCGAUGGCCAGAGGAACUCGAGUGUAACAGAUUACAAUACUGCGAUGAGACUGUUCCUGUAACUUUCGAUCCACACACAGAGUUUCUUGGUCCUCAGAAGAAAACAGAGCAAGUUCAAAGAGACAUUGGGUUUUGGUGUCCAAGACAUCUUAAGACUUCUGGGGGACAAGGAUACAAGUUUCUGGGAAUUGACCAAUGUGCACCUCCAUGCCCCAACAUGUAUUUUAAAAGCGAUGAGCUGGAGUUUGCUAAAAGUUUUAUUGGAAUAGUUUCAAUAUUUUGUCUUUGUGCAACUCUGUUCACAUUCCUUACUUUUUUAAUUGAUGUCAAGAGAUUCAGAUACCCAGAGAGACCAAUUAUAUAUUAUUCUGUCUGUUACAGCAUUGUAUCUCUUAUAUACUUUAUUGGAUUUCUGCUGGGCAAUAACACAGCCUGUAACAAGGCGGAUGAGAAGCUGGAACUUGGUGACACAGUUGUCCUAGGCUCUCAAAAUAAGGCUUGCACCGUUUUGUUUAUGUUUCUGUAUUUUUUCACAAUGGCUGGCACCGUGUGGUGGGUGAUUCUGACCAUUACUUGGUUCUUAGCAGCAGGACGAAAAUGGAGUUGUGAAGCCAUUGAACAAAAAGCAGUGUGGUUUCACGCUGUUGCCUGGGGAAUACCAGGUUUUCUGACUGUUAUGCUUCUUGCAAUGAACAAGGUUGAAGGAGACAACAUUAGUGGGGUUUGCUUUGUUGGCCUGUAUGAUCUGGAUGCUUCUCGCUACUUUGUACUCUUGCCACUGUGCCUUUGUGUGUUUGUUGGGCUGUCUCUUCUUUUAGCUGGUAUUAUUUCCUUAAAUCAUGUGCGACAGGUUAUACAACAUGAUGGCCGGAACCAAGAGAAACUAAAGAAAUUUAUGAUUCGAAUUGGGGUCUUCAGUGGCCUGUAUCUUGUGCCAUUAGUGACACUCCUUGGAUGUUAUGUGUAUGAACAAGUGAACAGGAUCACCUGGGAGAUAACGUGGGUGUCCGAUCAUUGUCGUCAGUACCAUAUUCCUUGUCCCUAUCAGGCAAAAACAAAAGCUCGACCAGAAUUGGCUUUGUUUAUGAUAAAAUACCUGAUGACAUUAAUUGUUGGCAUCUCUCCUGUCUUCUGGGUUGGAAGCAAAAAGACAUGCACAGAAUGGGCUGGGUUUUUUAAAAGAAAUCGCAAGAGAGAUCCAAUCAGUGAAAGUCGAAGAGUACUACAGGAGUCAUGUGAGUUUUUCUUGAAGCACAAUUCUAAAGUUAAGCACAAAAAGAAGCACUAUAAACCAAGUUCACAUAAGCUGAAGGUCAUUUCCAAAUCCAUGGGAACCAGCACAGGCGCUACAGCAAACCAUGGCACGUCUGCGGUAGCAAUCACUGAUCAUGAUUUCUUAGGACAAGAAACCUUGACAGAAAUCCAAACCUCCCCAGAGGCAUCAGUGAGAGAGGUGAGAGCAGAUGGAGCAAGCACCCCCAAAGUAAGAGAACAAGACUGUGGUGAAACUGCCUCCCCAGCAGCAGCCAGUGCCAAGGUCUCUGGGGAACAGGCGGACAAGAAAAGCCGAGCAGGCAGUGUGAAGGCUAAGAACAGUGUGUCUGAGGGUGUGCAGAGCGAAGGAAGGGUAAGUCCAAAGAGUGAUGACGCUGACAGUGGCCCAGUGCAGAGCAACAAUAUGCAGCUCGCCAGUUCUUCAGAGCCGAGCAGCCUCAAAGGUUCCACCUCUCUGCUUGUUCACUCGGUUCCAGGAGUCAGAAAAGAGCAGGGAGCUGGCAGUCACUCAGAUACCUGAGAAACGCUUUCCCGCAUUACUUGGAGGCAAAUUCCUGCUACACUGGAGAUGACCAAAGCACUGUCUUAGAAGAACGACCGUGUCCGUGUUCUUUUGCACUUAAAGCUGCUUUGCCAACUGUUACACUGGAAAAAGUAGAUUUCAAGAAUAAUGCAACUCAUUUCCACAAAGGUUAAUGCUAACAACAUACCUAAAGACAGAAAUGUGCAGCUUACUGUUUUUUAAAUCAUGUGGGGGGAGGGGGCUAGAAGAAUCUUCCUUUUCUACUUAUGAAGAUUCUAUUGUUGAAAGUCUUUUAGGAUGAACUGUGCUAUUUCACUAUUUUUAUAUAAGUUUAAGAUUUUUCUUUGCUGAAGUAUUUAAAGCAUAUUCUUGUAUCUUUUUAUAUAUAUUUGAAAAUAAGCUUCUAUAUAUUUGAACUUUUUUGGAAAAUCUGAAAAAUCUAUUCAAAUAUUUUAUUAUGCUCUUCUGGUAUUUUAGCACUACUUUGGUAGUUUUACACUGAAUAUAAGAAGGUUGGAAAAUUGUAUUCUUUUAUAAUAUAAAACAUAGCUAAUACACCAGGAGAUUUUAUAAUAGGAAUUCAGCUUUAAAAAAAAAAAAAAAAAAGCACUUGGAGGAAUGGGGCUGGCAUUAUGACAUAGUAGGUUAAGACACUGCUUGCUAUGCCAGAAUCCCAAAUCAGAGGACUGGUUUGAGUGUCAGCUACUUUGCUUCUAGCCAGCUCCCUGCUAAUGUGCCUGGGAAGGCAGCAGAAGAUGGCCCAAGUACUUGGGUCCCUGCCACCCAUUUAGGAGACCAGAAUGGAAUUCUUGGCACCUGACUGUACCUGGACCAGCCCUGGCUAUUGUGACCAUUUGGGAAGUGAACCACUGAUUGGAAGAUCUCUCUCUCUCUCUGUCUCUACUUCCCUCCUUCUCUCUGCCCCUCUGUUUCUCUCUCUCUCUCUCUCUCCCUCUCUGUCUCUCUCUGUGUGUCAAGAUAGGGGGCAGGCAUUUGUCCUAGUGAUGAAGACACUGGUUGGGAUGCCUGUGUCCCACACCGGAGCACCUGGGUUCAAUGCUUGGCUUCAGCUCCUGACUCCAGCUUCCUGCCAAUGGAGACCCUAGGAGGCAGUGAUAAUUGCUCAAAUAUUGGGUUCCUGCCACCCAUAUGGGAGACCUGGGUUGAGUUUCUAGCCCUAGCCUCCCAGCCAUAGUAGGCAUUUGGGGAGUGAACCAGUAAAUGAAAGCUCUCCCUCUGUAUCUGCCUCUCAACUAAAUAAAAAUUUUAAAACCACUUACUUCUACCUUACCAUCUUAAAUAUGUGAAUUUCAUGGAGUAUUUUUGUUUCAGGAAGCUCACAGAUCUAUACACUGGAAAUAAGGUGCUGACUGAACAAGUGGCCAGUUUUGACUGUUGUGCAGUUUACUGACCCUUCUCCAUGUUUUAAGUCAAGUGUCCUGAAGAAUGAGUAGAUGAAGUGUUAGUCCUUUAUAAAUUAGGCCAAGUGCAAUUGAUUUCCUUUCUCUAAUGUUUUAUUACCACCCAAGAUACAAUUAUGACCAUUUACAGCUGCUUAUUCUUUUCCUUUCACUUUUGGUUUGCAACAUUUAGAAUACUACAAACACUUUGUGUUGUUCACUGUCUUUCUCAGACACUAUGCAGAGUUCAUUUCUUCAGCUAAGUAGUUUUUUGCUGAACAUUAAAAACUAGGUCAAUAGUAUGUGCCAAUCAGAUGGGAAACAAAAAAAACUUUGUAUAACAUACUUUAAAAUAUUAAGGAAUUUUCUUAAUUUUGUUUCUCAUAUUACUCCUUGAACAAAGUUUUCUGAUGCUUUUAGUUGUCUCUCUAUUAAAGCAUAAAAAGAAAAUUAUCAUGUACUGUAUGGAAAAUGUUGUAAAUAAUAACUUUUCCACAUUUUUAA